UCCCGAGAUCAACCCGCACGAGAUUGUCGGCGGAUGUUGAUGUUUUGCUCCAUAUUUCUGUGCCGUCUUUUCUCUUCUCGGCCGUGCGAUUUACGUUAUUGCCAAUAUUUGCUUAACUUGAGCGAAACACGGUCUUUCUCGGCGCUUCUUUCGGGAAGCAAAGAGGCCGAGGCGGGGGGCGAUGAUGGAGGACUUUGAUGAGAUUUACGAGGAAGAGGAAGAAGAGGACGAGGACAGGGCCGCGGAGGAGCAGCUGCUCAAAUACGCUCCGGACCCGGUGGUAGUGCGCGGAUCCGGGCACGUCACUGUGUUUGGACUGAGCAAUAAAUUUGAGUCUGAAUUUCCCUCAGCCCUUACAGGAAAGGUCGCACCAGAGGAGUUUAAAGCCAGCAUAAACCGUGUGAACAGCUGUGUGAGGAAGGCUCUCCCAGUGAACGUGCGCUGGCUGCUGUGUGGCUGUCUGUGCUGUUGCUGUACUCUGGGCUUUAGUCUGUGGCCGGUCAUCUGUCUGAGCAAGAGGACACGCAGAUCCAUAGAGAAGUUACUGGAGUGGGAAAACAGCAGAUUGUAUCACAAGUUGUGUUUGCAUUGGAGGCUCAGCAAAAGGAAGUGUGACACGAACAACAUGAUGGAAUAUGUAAUCCUAAUAGAGUUUCUACCCAAGAUUCCCAUCUUCAGGCCGGAUUAGCAGUGGCGGGCUACAGCUCAUCCUUCCGCCGUGGUCUUCCUGAGGUGCCUUUCUCCGGUACUGUCAUGGUCUUAUCAUGUGGCCUCAUCCUUUUUCCCUCCACACUCUGAGCAAGAGACUCACCUCACGUCUGAGCGCCACUCACAGCACUCCUCACAAGAAAGCACUGUUUACGACCCACACACACAAACACACAUAUACUGUUCGCACAGACUGUUCUGGUUUCGCAAGUGCAUGAAUACACAAAGAGAGACUUUAACUGUCACAUGACUACACGGAGUCUGCAAGGGGGCCACGGGAAGUAACUUCUGUAGCUCCAAUCUGGAACUUCUACUAUAUGUCAAUAAGAUCACAGAGACUGCACAGUGUGCACUAGCUAAGUGACUUUCUGUUCCCGACACUGUGGAACGGAUCAGUGCAGAAUGGCUUGAAGAUGUGACAACUGUAGAAUUAAACCCUUUUAUUGUAUUAAUAAAAAAAAAGAUGGACGUUACGAAUGAAUAACAGAUUUUCAGUUAGCUGAGAGCCAAAUGGACAUGGUCAAUGCACAAUACAUAGUUCCCCAUCUCUCCUUCUCACAAAUGAUCAUCUAUAUACAAAGACAAUCAAACACUGACUGUGCCACGCACCAUCUGUGCUCUGACGGGACGUUGGAGUCUAGUUGAAGUCACGGACCUGGUGUGGUCCAGGUGCACCUCUGGGUAGUGAUGCAGCACAGAUUAGAUUUGUUUUGAUGUUUUUGAGUACUUUUUAUCCUUGUUUACUUGCUCAGUUUAAAAAGAAGAGCAGCAAAUGUUUGUUUCUUGAUUUGUGUGAGUGUGGGUGAUUAUUUCUGUCUGUCCCGAGACAUUUUAUUUGUCGUUUGGUUCACAAGUGAGACAAAUCGACACUUACAGGUUUGUUUGGUUAAACAGUUCAUUAAAACAAAUUAUUGGGGGUCUAAAAAAAGUAAUGUUUAUAUAUAUAUAUAUAUAUAUGUAUAAACAGAACUUUAUCUUUGAAUAUAUAUAUAUAUAUUUGAACCCAAAAAUAUUGGGGUUUUUCCAGGGCAGAGAGAUUUUUUUUAUUUAAUAUUUUUCUCUUUUUUUUUUUUCAUUAUUGAUUCAAUCUUGGGUCAGGUGUCCUAUGCAGGCAUUUUCUCUUAGUGGACUAUAUUUGUGUAAAUGUAUCCAAUUGUAGGUUAAUAAAACAGUUACAUAUCCCAGUACUCUUAAGACAAUUGGUCCUAUUAGACCUCAAAACUUGAAAUUUAUGAAGUGUGUAUGUGUGUGUGUGAUUACCGAUAUUAUUACUGAAAUUACAAUUAUCUCUCGUCUGAUGUCAUCCCAAAUCCCUGGGACAUCGUUUUUAUUUUUCAAAAAAAAUAUUUCAGUGUAUUUAUGCACAAUGUCUGUACAGAAAUAAAAUAUGCUCAACUUGA